UAGCGCUUGUAGAGUAGCAGCGGCAGUAAUCUAAAGUUCAGCUUUUGUUUCGUGUCCAUCUCCAGACAAUGCAGUCCGAUACGUUGUUGCACGUCGCCAAUUUCAGCACCCUGUUCGUGUGCAUGGUGCUGAAGUUCCCGCAGAUUUUUGUGCUGAUGCGAGCGAAGUCAACGACCGGAGUGAGCCUCCACAGUCUCCUGCUCGAGUUGAUCGGGUUCAUUGUGUUUGUUACAUACCAGAUGUACUAUGACUACCCACCUCCAACAUACCUGGAAUAUCCAAUUCUGAUUGCUCAAGAUGUCAUUCUCCUGCUCCUGAUUCUCCAUUACAACGGCAGCCUGCGGCAGAGCCUCAUCUAUGCCUUGGUGUUUGUUGGAGGUUGGAGGCUCCUCACUGUGGACAAGUGGAUCAUAGAUUUGGCCAUGAGCCUGUGCACGUUCAUCAGUGCAGCCAGUAAAUUUGCCCAACUGCAGUGCCUGUGGAGGUCUAAGGACGCUGGGCAGGUUAGCGCCCUCUCCUGGGCUAUGGCUACCUACACCUGUAUGGCACGGAUUUACACCACCACAGUGACAACUGGAGACAUGCAGGUUCUUGUGCGGUUCAUCAUCAUGACUUCGCUCAACACAUGGGUGCUGCUCACUGUGCUCUACUACCAGAGACACAGCAGCAGGUCCAAGAAAGAAGACUAAGUGUUAAAGAUGGACCCUGAGGUCGACUGGCUGUUGUGUACAACGGCAGUUCACUCCCAAGCCUUCCAGCUCUGUUCACCAGAGAGAUUACUGGUUUAUUCUGGACACAGCUACGACUAAAAAACAAAGCUGACAGGUUACAAUGGUUGUGUGAGCAGCUUUUGUAAAACUGAUCAAAAAAUGUGCUUUUUCUAUUUUUAGCUCAGUGUUAAACCCACACCUUUUUCCAACAUUCCAGUGACUAAAUCUCUAAAGCGAUUUGUUGUGAGAGCAGAGACCAGCUCUUUUUCAUACUGUAUGUGCAAAAAAAAUGUAUUAUCAGAUAGGACAGCACAAGCCAAGCAUAUCUGAGAUCCUCCUACUCAGGGUAUAUUAAAAGUUUUUAUAGGUGUAAAGUCCUUUUGGAAUUAUUUUAAUAAAAGAAACAUUCUAUCUUA